AUGCCCCCGCGCCGACGGCCUCCUGCGGGGGCUCGGACAGACCUUCCGCCGCUGAAGAUCGUCCGGAAGAUUGUUAUCUUACAGCUUGCCUAUUAUGCCUCCGCGACGGCCCUGAUCUUAUUUACCACUGUCGUCUAUGGCACCCCGUUCUCCCUAGAUUUGGUUCUGAGUUGGGAUUCGCUGAGGGGAGAUACUACGAUUGGAUGGAUGCUGGGAUUGGUGUGGAUGUUGAAUAGUCUUGCGGGGAUAAUCUUUCUUCUACUCCUCGUCGUUCGGUCUAAACUCAUUCCUGACUUCGCACUCACUAUCCACUUCCUCCAUCUUCUCGCAACGUCCCUUUACACCCACUCUAUCCCCUCCAACUUGCUUUGGUGGGGUCUUCAGUUUGCCAGCGCUUCUCUAAUGACCUUUGGUGGUAUCUGGGCCUGCCAAUGGCGGGAACUCAGGCCGAUCAGCUUUGGCGGUAUAGCUGGUAGCGGUGCUGGACAGUCAUCUGGGAGUUCAUCUGAGCCGCCGGUUGAUAGAGGCAGUCCGUCCCGAGGAAGAGGCCGGGAACGCGGCUUGCAGAGUGACGGUGGCGAGUAUGAGAUGGCUGAAAUGAAGGGGGUUGGAAGAGGGGCAGCAAAUCGCGAAGGCUUUAGGGGAGGACAAGAUAGCAUGCAUCUUGCAGAACCAUGGGUAUCCCUUACUUCUGUUCCCCGUUUUGUUGUACACUCCGGCUGA